AUGUUUAUCCGGAAAAAUAAGUUGAUUCAACCUACGUCUCUAGUACUCAUCCUCCCUAUCAAUAAUCCUCUGCGGCUUACGAAAUCCAAUACCUCCAUCAACACUGUCAUUGUCAGUGUCGAUGGACAUCAUGUCGAUGAAAUGAGAUUUCGCCCAGUGAUUGAAGCUAUUCUACAAGGAGCUUCAUUAGUAACGGGUUCAAGAAUUUCCUCAUCUACGUUAGCGGGAAUUGAAGUGUUGUAUAAAUCUUUAUCGCAUGCACCAUAA